CACCCGAACUGCAGCCGCACUCGCCGGGCACCUCUCGCCAGCGCCGAAGCCGAGGGGAGCCCCGAGCCCGGAGCUGACCGGAGCUGGGGGCUGGAGCCCAGAGCGCGGCUCCAAAGCCGCGAGCCGGGUGAUUGGAACGGCGGGGGGCGACGGCAGGACCCAGGGAAAGCCUGAGGGUCAAGCGCGCGGGGCCGUCCAGCUCCGAGCCCCGGGGCCCGCCGCCCCGCGGGGACGGCAGCUGAGCGCGGAGGUGAGGGAGCGGCGCGGCCCGGGCUGCUCCGAAGGCACCGGCUCCCGGUCAGGUGCGCGCAGCAGGGUGGGAGGGGCGCGCCAUGGAGGCGCCGGGCGGCGCGGGUCGGCCCGACACCGAGUGAGGCGGUCCGGCCGGGGUCGGCGGGCCAUGUACGGAGACGUGUUCAACGCCACGGCCGGCCCCGAGGCGGCUGGAGGCGGCGCGCUGGCCUUGGCGGCCACGGUGAAGGCAGAGGGCGCUUUGCCGCUGGAGCUGGCCACCGCGCGCGGCAUGCGGGACGGCGCGGCCACAAAGCCCGACCUGCCCACCUACCUGCUGCUCUUCUUCCUGCUGCUGCUGUCCGUGGCGCUCGUCGUCCUCUUCAUCGGCUGCCAGCUGCGCCACUCGGCCUUCGCCGCGCUGCCCCACGACCGUUCGCUGCGCGACGCCCGCGCGCCCUGGAAGUCGCGGCCGGUGUAGCAGCGGGGUGAGCCGGGGCCGGCAGACGCAGUGUCCCCGUCUCACCGCCGGCCGCCGGGAGCAGCCGGGCCGGAGGAGCCCGGCGCCAGAGGUCGCCGGCCCCUGGGAACGCCGCGCGCUGACCCAAAGACCCUCUACGACCUCGAGCGGCCACCGGGGCGUAAAGGGAGUCGCCGGCGUUAGCAGGCUGCGCAGGGUCGCGCGCGAUCCUAGCUGCCGCGCGCUACCACGGUUCCGAUCCCCUGGCGGAGUCUCUCUGCCCCCCGGACAGCGGGUCUAGCCGGGGAGCCUUCCUGAGAGACGGCGAGCCAGCCCGGACGCAGGAGCCUUCCCCGCCGCCCGCCGACUCCCUUGCUUUGCACGAGGAAGGGGCAGGCACGGCUGAGCGGGCGCGCAACUAGCACGGAGCUGCCUGUCCGGACUCCCUGGCCCCGUGGCUGUCUCCCCGCAGCUGCUACCGCCGCUUCCUCGCUUUGGCACCGAGGCCUCCCCUAGAAUUCGAGCGUGAACUCAACCGGACUUGGAAAUGAUGCCUUUUGGGGGCUGCGUCCCUCGGGGGAAGCGAGGGGAUGCCGAGUUUCAGUAGGUCCCGCCUGGGUCCAAGGGCUCAGUUUUCUCUGCGGGCACGGGGGGAGGGGAAGCUGGUCUAGAGGCACAGGGUCGCACCGGCAGCACCCCGUGGUCGGGGAUCCACGUCCCGCACUCUACAAUAAAACCUCACCGAAUUAGACCCAGUGCUGAGAACGUUCUGCUCUCUGGUUGCGCCGCUUUGGAAACGGGGAUUAGGGCCGGCCCAGGGACACUGGAGCGCAAUCUGCCUCCUACUUCGCCUUGACCCAGGCUAGUGUCGGACUAGUUGAGCAGUAACGGGCCUUUCUCAUAUUGGACCUAGC